CACACCACUUCCGGCUCCCGGGGGCUGGAGGGGCUUAGCGCCUUCCACGCAGGUGCUUCCCGAGUCACGAGUUUUAUUCGGGGGCCUUCCCCUCCUCCUGCUGAUUGGUUAGCACUUGAACCAUUUCUGUCCUCUGAUUGGUUAUUACCUUUUCGGCUCUCCAACACUGCCUAUAUCAACCGGAUAUGGGGGUAGGGUUUCCGCUUCCGUCUUCUCCCUCCUCCAGCUUGUCCUCCGGUCGCGUUGCCACCACAGCGGCCGCUGCCGGGCGCGGUUACGGCGGGUCGGUUGGUGUGUCUUUCAGCGUCGAUUUCUGUGCAGUUGAACGCCUGCCAUGGCUGAUUUAGAUCCGUUCGGCGCCCCCGCCGGCCCCUCGCUGGGGAACGGAGUGGCCGGCGAGGAGGACCCGGCCGCGGCCUUCUUGGCGCAGCAGGAGAGCGAGAUUGCUGGCAUCGAGAACGACGAGGCCUUCGCCAUCCUGGACGGAGGCGCUCCUGGGCCCCAGCCGCACGGCGAGCCGCCGGGGGGUCCGGAUGCCGUUGAUGGAGUGAUGAAUGGCGAAUACUACCAGGAGAGUAAUGGGCCGACAGACAGUUAUGCAGCUAUUUCACAAGUGGAUCGAUUGCAGUCAGAGCCUGAAAGUAUCCGUAAAUGGAGAGAAGAGCAAACGGAACGCUUGGAAGCCCUUGAUGCCAAUUCUCGGAAGCAGGAAGCAGAGUGGAAAGAAAAAGCAAUAAAGGAGCUGGAAGAGUGGUAUGCAAGGCAGGACGAGCAGUUACAAAAGACGAAAGCAAACAACAGGGCAGCAGAAGAAGCCUUUGUAAAUGACAUUGAAGAGUCGUCCCCAGGCACGGAGUGGGAACGGGUGGCCCGGCUGUGUGACUUUAACCCCAAGUCCAGCAAGCAGGCCAAAGAUGUCUCCCGCAUGCGUUCUGUCCUCAUCUCCCUCAAGCAGGCCCCCCUGGUGCACUGAAGAGCCACCAUGUGGAAACACUACAUCUGCAAUAUCUUAAUCCUACUCAGUGAAGCUCUUCACAGUAAUUGGAUUAAUUAUGUUGAGUUCUUUUGGACCAAACCUUUUUGUCUUUAGAGUUGAUCAUUGUUUGUGAUUGCAUGUUUCCUUCAACUGUGUUCUCCCUGGCAUUCAGAGAGGAGCGGAGGCGCCCAGGGAAGGGAGGGAGGCCUCCCAAGGGCAGCCUCAACCUCUGCUUUUGUGCAUUAUUCUGAGAAUAAAUUUCUGUUUAAAACUAUAAA